AUGGCUAUGACUGAGACAAUGGAUGUCGACCAGAUCCUAACCCGCGCUUUAAAUGAAUUUUCCAGUGCAUUUCUAACCCUUACUGCCGGCCGACUACGCUCGGGUGCUAUCACCGAGCAGUCUAAAUCCUUGGAGCAACAACAUGCUGACGAACUCAAAGCUGCCGAAGCGAAGUAUGCUGAACAGCUUGCAGCGAUGCUCGAGGAGAAGAACAAACUGGCUGAGGAGUUGAAGGAGAAGAAAAGUGCUCUAGGUAAGGCCAUCAAGCAGAGAGACAACUUCAAGGAGUCUAACUGUGUUAAUUACCGCGCGGCUAAAAAGCUCGAAGAGGAUUUGGCCACGAGCAAACAGAAGAUUACAACUUUGGAGGGCCAAAUCGAGGAGCUUGAGAAAGCCAAUGCCAACAAUUUGGAAAGGUACAGGAACACCACGAGUAAGUGUUUUUAUGACUUCUGGAAACACAACCAAGGGGUGGAAUUCAACUACCUUCCCGAACGUGCAAGGCAAGCCGAGAUAGCCCGCUGCACUGCUCGACUGGCAAAGGAGGAGAGGGCAAGAGUACCUGCCUCACCUGAAAUCUCCUUGGCGACUGGCAUGGACGGGGCGGACAAUGAAACUGCAGAUGUCGUCGAUCAGGGUACCCCUCAAGAUCCUCCGGAUUCGUAG